UUUAAUCUCGCUCGUAUAAGUUUUUUAAGUUCUUUUUGGACGCACUAAUGCACGAAAGUUACCGAAAUCAAACCGAAUGCACCCGAAUCGAAUAACGUCACCUCCCUGUGUUAGUGAAAUUCCUAAAAACAUUCUGAAGGAUUGUGCAAAAAAAUGGCUCUGCAUCUGACCAGGGCAAUCUGCGGUCGAAGUUUAGCGCUCCAGCUAACACCAGGACGUCUCGGGAGCCCACUUAUUGCUUCCCGGAGUGUCGUACUGAAGUCCAUGCCACCCAAAGCGGAUGAAAUUCAGAAUCACGAUGAGAAAAAUGCAAAAAUUGGACGCCCACUGUCGCCUCAUAUUACAAUUUAUGAUUUUGGCAUCACCGGGACGCUCUCAAUCACCCACAGGAUAACCGGAAUGGCCCUUGCGGGGUAUAUGGCAGCCCUGGGAAUUGGUGCUCUUGUCUGCCCGCAUGAUUUCUCCUACUACAUCGAUGUUGUGGAGUCGUGGAAGCUGAGUGCGCCGACACUCAUGGCGGGAAAAUUCAUCCUGGCCUACCCAUUCACGUACCAUCUGGCCAAUGGGAUGCGUCACCUUCUCUGGGACACAGGGAAGGGGCUGAAAAUUAAGGAAGUCUACAGUACUGGGUACGCAAUGCUGGCAGUCUCUGUGACUCUUGCAGCAAUCCUCGCAGCAAUGUGAACACAGCAGAGUACUUAGAUUUUGUUAAUUUAUUGUGUAAAAAUCAUUAUGUUUUGCAGAAGCAUAAAAUAAAAUUCGAAUUCUACUUUUCCUGAGGCAGGAACAUGAA